AUGGUCAAAAUCCCAUUCGAGGGCUGGAAGCCAGUCAGAGCAACAUGGUUAAGGGACGGGAAUGAGCUCCUGAAUGAUGCCAGGAUCCAUAUCGACAAGGCGGACAACUUCACCUGGCUUUCCAUCUCCAGCACCAACAGGAAGGACUGUGCGGAUUACAAAGUGAAGUUGAAGAAUGACAGUGGAACCCUGGAGGCCAGCCUAAAGCUGGAGGUGAUAGAUAAGCCACAGAAACCCAUCGGACCCAUAGAGGUGGUGGAUAGUUCCACAACUGGCAUAACCAUUCAAUGGAAGCCCCCAAAGGAUGAUGGGGGCACACCAGUGCAGAACUACAUCAUAGAGAGGCAGCAGGUGGGCAGAAAAACCUGGGUAACAUUGGGAGAAACCAGCAGGAACAACAGCACUUUCACGACCAACAAAGUGGGGCAAGACAAAAGCUAUCGCUUCAGGGUGCGAGCAGUGAACGCUGAGGGAAAGAGCAAGGCGCUGGAAUCAGAUGAAGUGAUGGCUGCAACCAAAGCUUUCCCUGGCCCCCCUGCUCCUCCUCCGUUUGUCAGUGCCAACAAAGAGUCCAUAACACUCUCCUGGGCAGCACCUCCCAAAACGGGCAAUUCCAGAAUCCUGGGGUAUAUCGUUGAGAAACGCAAGAAAGGCAGCAACAUCUGGACACCUAUCACUGACCUGCCAAUAACAGACAGGAAGUGGAUGGUGACAGAUCUGAAGGAGGGACUGCAGUAUGAAUUCUGCGUGGCUGCUGUCAAUGCCCCAGGGGCAGGCGAGGCCAGUGCACCAUCAGAUGCUGUCUUUGCUCGAGAUCCCAUGAAGCCUCCUGGUAGAGUGAGGGACCUUAAGGUGACCAAUACUGACUACACCAGCAUCACUAUGGCUUGGAUGAAACCUGAUUCAAAGGAAGGGGGGUCUGCCCAGGGCUACAAGGUGGAGAAGUGAUCCUCUGACAGCCUCAAGUGGACCCAUUGUAACACUGUCCCCAUAGGCUUGACAACCUGUACAGUUAAAGGUCUGCAAGCCAGAGAGAUGUACUUCCUCCGCAUGAGGGCCAUCAAUGAGGGAGGCCUAGGGGAAGCCGUAGCACUGGACACUUGCAUCCAGGCCGCGCCUCCCAUUGAUAUCCCACAGUCCCCCGGCCCUAUUCUUCUGCAAGAGAAAGUCCUUAAUACGGUGACAGUGAUCUGGGAGCCCUCGCCGACAGAGAAGCGGGAAAGUAACCUGUACUAUGUGGUCAUGAAAUGUGACUCCAACAAGGGGUCAUGGCAAGUGGUGGGUGACCUGAUCUACACCAACAAGUUUACCAUCACCAAACUUAUCCCUGGCCGGGGGUAUUACUUUAGAGUUGUGGCCAAAAAUUACAUGGGAACCAGUGAUCCAUCUGAAACUGCGCAGCCCUGGAUCAUGCAAAAGGAAAAGGAUGAGUUUAAAGUCAGACUACCCAAAUACAGGAGGGUGAAUCAAAAUAUGCCCCCAAGAUUCCUUGUCCAAUUGAAGCCCCACGUGGUGACCACAGCAUAUGAUUGUCACAUGAGCUGUGCAGUGAGUGGCUACCCAAAACCUAAGAUCAUCUGGUACAAGGAUGGCAGGAAUCUCUCAGAAGACCCCACCUUCUUCAGCACAAAUGACUUUGGUGUCUGCUGCCUGGUGAUCCCAGGUGUCACGAAGAGAGAUGAAGGAGAGUACAAGGUGGAAGCCACCAAUGAAUUGGGCCAUGCGGUCAGCAAAGCCAUGCUUAUCAUAAAAGAUCCCUCCUUCUAA